CCUGAUCAUUGAGGUGAUGCAGCAUCUACUAGAAUAUAUGCCAGAGGAUCUGCCAGUUAGAGACACAGAUUCGAGUCCUCUGUUGAAAGGGACGUCGGGUAAGAAUGUAAGGGCCCAGCCGCACUUGGGCAGGAUGAACCAGAAGGAGCUGAACUGCAGACGCCUUCACCUCCAUGAAGAGCCCACGUUGGUGAAGGAACCUUCUCCAAAGCAACGAGAUAAAAACAGAAGGCGAAGGACGAACGUGCAGCGAUCCACAACUACCCAACCGGACCUACGGACACUUGCUGUGCUCCAGGAGCCAGAGAGGCGCAGGCGGCCGUGGGUCUCAGCGUCCCCGAGCCCCUCGGCGCCCCCGCGCGCACCAGUUCCCGGGAGGAAAGCGCAUGUGCAGCGCCUGUGUCCCUCGACCGCGGUAGGCAGUGCACAGCCUCGAGUCCACGCGGGACGCAGACUGCCCCACAUAGCUGGGCCAAAUGACAGGCGCAGCCAUACAGCCCCUCCCGCAUUUAAAGACUAUGUGGCGGACAAGAACACCAGAAUCGAAAUAACCAGGGAGCCCAGCCAACUUACUCACACCAUGACGACUGAUUCUACACAUGUGGAAGAGAUCCCCAGAUCUCCUGAGAAAACAUCCAAAGUUGAAAAGCCUGAACAGAGAAGCUCAGAGGAGUGCACUCAGAAGGCUGCAGAGCUUCGAGCUUCCAUUAAGGAGAACGUGGAGCUGAUUCGCCUUAAGAAGCUCUUACAGGAGAGGAAUACCUCGCUGGCAGCCACAGAAGCCCAACUGACACGAGUUCAAGAGGCAUAUGAAGACUUGCUUCAAAAGAUAACUCUGAAGGAGGUAAAUAAUAGUACUGAGAAGACACUAUCAACUGUGUCCUAGUCCAGGCUCGGGUGAAGCUCACUAUGGAGUACUUACCGUGCACACCUAAGACUCUGGCUCCGAUCCACAACAUUGCAUAAAGCAGUUUCAGGUCAGAGUUGAAGAUUUGGAAAAGGAACGGAAACUGCUGAGUGACAGUUAUGACAGACUCUUAGAGAAGUGAGUACAGCGCCUGGUCCCAGAGCAUCGCUCUCUACAAAAGAACUAUGGAACUUCCCAGGUUUAAAACACAUUGACCAGGCAUGCUGGCACACACCUUUAUUCCAAAUUCUGGAGGUAAAGGCAGGCAAAAAUGGAGGCCACAGGGCCAGUCCGGUCUAUAGUGUAAGCUCCAGGGCAGCCAGGGCUUUAUAUAGAGAAAAUCUGUCUCAAAGAACAAAACAAAAAAAGAGAUAACAAUAAAGUUCAAAGGAAAGGCAAAUUGUACACGGUAGUACUAGCUUUGGCCGGCUUGUGUGUUUGAUAACAGCUGACACUACAUGGGUGUGUUGUCUGCAUGUGUGCCUACACCACAUACGUGCCUGGUGUCUUCCUCACUGUGUAGCAGAGAAUGACCUUGACCUUCUCUUCUUGCUUCCACCUCCAGGGUGUUGGAAUUCCACCAGGUUUGAUCCACACAUUUCUGAGGACUAAACUCAGGGACCUUGUUCAUGCUAGGCGAGAGCUCUAUAGUUAUAUCCUCAGCCCCCUAAGAAACUGGUUUUUUUGAAAUGAGGUCUCUCUAUGUAGACUAGGCUGUCCUGGAAUUCACUAUGUAGUUCAGGAUGAUCUCAAACUCACCCACCUUUGUCUCCCAGUGUGAGGAUUGGGGUUAAAGUCAUGUGCCACUGACACCUGACUGAAAAAAAAUCUUAAUAAUUUGGUAACCAAGUAGUUUUUAUAUGACAUUUAUUCAGAAACACUUGUGGGUUUUUGUUGUUGUUGCUGUUGCUGUUUUGUUUGCUUGCUUGUUUGUUUUACAGAGAAUUUCCUCUGUGUACCCCCUGUCCUAGAACUCGGUCUGUAGACCAGGCUGGCCUAGAACUCAGAGAUUCUCCUGUCUCUGCCUCCCAAAUUCUGGGAUCAAAGGUGUGUACUGUCACCACCUGGCUCAGAAACAGUUUUUUCUUUUCUUUAAAAUUUGUCUUAAAUUUACUUUAAAAAAAAAAGUGCCUAAGUAUUUUAUCUGCAUGUGUAUUUUUAUAUGAUGUGUGUGCCUGGUGCCUAGAGAAGUCAAAAGAGGGCUUUGGCUUCCUUGAGCUGGAGUGAUGGAGGGCAUCUGCAGUUUCCUUGGAGAAAAGCAGGUGCUCUUAACCAUUGAGCUGGCUCUGUAGGCCCCAGGGUUUUUGUUUGUUUGUUUCUCUUUUGUUUUUUGUUUUAAGAUACUUUUAAAACGCCAGUCAGAGCUGAUGAGAUGGCUCAGUGGGUAAGAGCACCCGACUGCUCUUCCGAAGGUCCGAAGUUCAAAUCCCAGCAACCAUAUAGUGGCUCACAACCCCUCAACCACCCGUAAUGAGAUCUGAUGCCCUCUUCUGGUGCUGUCUGAAGACAGCUACAGUGUACUUACAUAUAAUAAAUAAAUAAAUAAAUAAAUAAAUAAAUAAAUAAAUAAAUCUUAAAAAAAAAAGCCAGUCAUUCAUCUUUAGGGAUAAGACUACCUCUGAGUUCCUGAAGCUGUAGAGAGGUAGUUCUCACUCACCUCUUUUAGUCUUUUUACAUUUAUUUAUCAGGAGGGGCACAUGCCGCUAUGUUCAUGUGGAGGUCACAGGACAGCGUGCAGGAGUCAGUUCUGUCCUCCCAUCAUGUGGUACCUGGGACUUGAACUCAGGUUGUCAGGCUUGGCAGCAGGAACCCAUACCUACUGUGCCAGCUUACUACCCACCCCAACAUCAACAGGUAUUUUUGUUAGUUUUGUUUGUUUUUUAGAUUGGGCCUUCCUAUGCAGACCAGGUUAGCCUAAAACUCACAGAAAUCUACCUGCCUCUGCUUCCUGGUGUUGUCACUAAAGGCAUGGGUCACUACUCCUGGCCAGAAAGCUUUUCAUUUUUAUUAUUAUUAUUUAGGGUUUUUUGUUUUUAUUUUGUUUUGGUUUUUUGAGACAGGGUUUCUCUGUAUAUAGUCCUGGCUGUCUUGGAACUCAUUCUGUAGACCAGGCUGGCCUCGAACUCAGAAAUUUCCCUGCCUCUGCCUCCCAAGUGCUGGGAUUAAAGGCGUGCGCCACCCCUGCCCGGGUAUUUUAAGCUUUUUGAGGCAGGGUUUCUCAGUGCAGCUGUGGUUGUCCUGGAAUUCACUUUGUAGAGUUUGAGUCUGGCCUCAAACUCAGAGAUCUACCUACCUCUGUCUCCCAAGUGCUGGAGUUAAUUAAAAGUGUGUGCCACCACUACUGCUUUUGGUCAGGAAGCUUUUAAUGUCAAUGUCAUUCCAUUUGUAUAAAUGACUAAGACCUGGUCUUGUGUGUUUUACACUCAAGGCAGGUCUAACAGCUAAAUACCAUGGGAUGGAGUUGUAGGUGUUAAAAAGCUUGUUUUCAUUCUUGAGUAUAGCUGGUAGUUUAAAGUUCUCUAAAGUAGCCACUGGCAAAGGGAUAUAAGGGGACAAGGUGAGAAAAGAAAGCUCUUGAUUCUCAGUUCUAACUCAGGAGGUCUGGGCGUGUCCUAACACUUCAGGCCCUGGCCAAAGGAAGCCAUCAUACGGGAGACGUUCCUUGAGAAAUGCAUGAUUAAGGUGCUAGCGUAGUGGAACCCUCAAGACUUAAGCAGACGUGACACUGAGUAACUCCUCAAUGCCACCCAAAAGUUCCGAAGCAGUUAGCAAGUGACAGUUACAAAUAAAGCCUGGGCAGAAAAAAAAACAAACAAAACAAAACAUGUGGAGAAAGGAAUUAUCAGCUAGGUCCCAGAGAUGCUGAAACUGUGUAACAAAGAUGCCGGAUCAUACUCCUUUGAGGAUCCAUCUGACACCGAACCUGGGGUUUUCAGCAUGCUGGAUAGUAGUCAUCAGCCUCUGGAUAGCAGUCAUCAGCCUCACUGGAGCACGGAGCUCACAGGGAAGCAGCUCCCACCGCAAGUCUGUCCACUGCUGGACCAAAUGGGCACUGCGCUGGAGGAGACCAAAGUCUUUCGUCAAGCAACCAACAAAGCAGCUCAAGAUGGAAAGCUGAAGUUUCAAGACACCGACAUCCUUUACCAGCAUGAACAGGAAGAAGAGAGCCUUCAGUCAACUGCCACUGUAGCCUCAUCUCCAGAAGAGCUGUGUGAACUGGCUGCUCAGCCCACUCUACUCCCACAGACAGAUCAGAGAGAGUCCAGUGAACCAAAAGCUCAAGACGAGAAUGACUUAUCCCAGGUGCUAAGCGAGCUGCAAGUGUCACAUGCAGAGACCACACUGGAACUGGAAAAAACCAGAGAUAUGCUUCUUCUGCAGCGCAAAAUCAACAUGUGUUAUCAGGAGGAGCUGGAGGCAACACUGACAAAAGCUGACAGGGAAAACAGGGACCACGAAGAGAAACUGGAGCGGCUGAAUCACCUCCUGGACUUCAAGAACAGCCGCAUCAAACAGCUGGAAGGUAUUUUAAGAAGCCACGGCCUUCCAACAUCUGGUGAUUUCAAUCUCACAGACUCUGGGGAGAAGUCCAAUGGAUCCAUCAAAGUGCAACUAGACUGGAAGUCUCACUACCUAGCCCCAGAGGGCUUCCAGAUGUCAGAAGCUGAGAAGCCGGAGGGUGAAGAGAAGGAGGAGGAAGGGGGAGAGGAGGAGGUAAAGGAGGAAGAGGUGGAGGAGGAAGAGGAAGAAGAAGAAGAGGAAGAAGAGGUCAAGGAAGAGAAGGAGGAAGAGGAGGAGGAGGAAAGGGAGGAGGAAGAGGAGAAGGAGGAGGAGAAGGAGGAAGAGGAGGAGGAGGACGAGAAGGAAGAGGAGGAAGAGGAAGAGGAAGAAGAGGAGGAAGAGGAGGAGGAUGAGAACAAAGAUGUCCUGGAGGCCUCAUUCACGGAAGAAUGGGUCCCCUUUUUUUCCCAGGACCAGAUAGCAUCUACAGAGAUUCCCAUAGAGGCUGGCCAGUACCCAGAGAAGAGAAAACCUCCUGUAAUAGCAGAAAAGAAGGAAAGAGAGCAUCAGGUCGCAAGCUACUCACGAAGAAAACACAGCAAAAAACCAGGUGUCCAAGACAAGAACAGAAUGGAAUAUCUGAGCUGUAACAUCUUGAAUGGAAACACACAGCAGAUGCAUUACACGGAGUGGAAGUUCUCAGGGCUCAAGAAGGCCGAGGAUGGUGGCUUAAAAGCUCAGGACAAGAGAGAGGAACCGCCAUCACCCCGUUCAGCACUGAGACAGGAGCAUCCCUCACAUCCUAGAAAUGCCUUCUCCCUAGCAGACCAGGAAUCCUGUGAACAAGCUUCUGAAGUCAGUGAAACACAGACUACCGACAGCGAUGACAUCAUAGUGACACCCCAGGCUCAGACGGUUCCUAAAGCCGAUUCAGAGAAGAUGUGCAUUGAAAUCGUCUCACUGGCCUUCUGCCCUGAGGCUGACGUCAUGUCUGAUGAGACUAUCCAGCAGGUAUAUGUGGAGUACAAAUUCUGUGAUCUGCCUCUAUCGGAGACAGAGACUCCGAUGUCCCUGAGGAAACCAAGGGCAGGCGAAGAAAUCCACUUCCACUUUAGCAAGGUGAUAGAUCUGGACCCUGUGGAGCACCAAAGCCGAAGGCAGUUUUUGUUUGCCAUGCUACAUGCUCAAGAUUCUGAUGAGGGACGUUUCAAGUUUACAGUGGUAAGUGAUCCUCUGGAUGAAGAAAAAAAAGAAUGUCAAGAUAUAGGCUAUGCAUACCUUGAACUGUGGCAGAUAUUUCAAUCUGGAAAAGAUAUCCUAGAGCAAGAACUAGAGAUUGUGAGCCCUAGAAACCAGGCCAUCCAAAUUGGAAGGCUGAAGGUUUCCCUCCAAGCAGCUGCUGCCCUCCAUGGCAUUUAUAAGGAGAUGACUGAAGAUCUGUUUUCAUGAAAGUACAAGUUCUACUCCACUCAACGAUUUGAGGGCAUCACAGUCAAAGUGUCUUAUAAAAUAACAUGACAUGCCAUAAACCUGGUCUCCUGUGCUAUCUUGCUAUCUGUUUUUCAAACUAAUGACGUGGCUUACAACCAUCAGUGAACUUGACUUGACUUCAGAAACUGCAAAGAAAUGGUCAUAAGAGACAAGUUUACAAAAAAAACAAAACAAAACAAAAAAAAAUCCCAGUUUAUUUAUCUUUUAGUUCUUCCAAAAUUCAAAAUAUCAAGUCCUACUGCUAAGGGGAGAAAACAAACAAACAAACAUAAAAUCUGAGAAGCCCCUUCUCAUAAAGUCACAGAACAGAGGCGGCGAAGUGGGACAGGUGGAUGCAGAGAACCUGCAGGGGAGGAUGGCAAGAUAGAGCCCCCCAGUAUUUCAAAGCUGAUCAUCGGAAGCAACCAACACAGGACACUGCAGAGAAAGUAAAGGGAAGAGCAGCAGUGCCCAGCCUUGUGGGUGUGGCCUUCUUCCCGCUUCUCUUCUUGUCAAGAUAUUCUAGGCCAAGACACGACUUACUCUUUGAGAUCCAUGUUGACUCCUUUAAGCCUCCCUCUAGAUUUCACCUGUAGUAUACGAAGCAUGACCAUUCUUCCUUAGAUGUAUCAGAAGAGACAAUGGUAAUUUGUGUUUGAGCACUGCACCACAUAUGGACUUGUAAGGAGGA